AUGGCUAUUGACUGAGAUUUCGGCUCGACUCGGGUAUCAUCGCUACACACGAGUCGGUAAUCCGGAAGUGUAGUCAAGUGAGUAUGUGUUGCCGUCAUCGCAAGGUAGCCCGUGGCACAAGCACCCGGAGCGUGCGAAACUAAAACCACGAGAGUCGACCUACCUACCACUCACUGUAAAGUAACAUUGUGGAUGCGCGCCAGGCCACUAACACUAACACUCCUGACUUGAGAACUGAAUAUUCCCCGUUAAUAUUUAGCAGUCUGUCUGCGGGGCCAAGAGGUGGACGCACAGACAAGAGACCGUGUCGGAGCCGCUGUGUGCACUGCCAGCAUCGAGAUGAGCUGCGAACGUGAUAGCGAAGCGGAAACCAGGGUAGCUAACGUCAGCUAGCUACAAACGAGCCAAACCGGACUCGAUGUGAACCCGAUCACCCCCUCCAGCAUGAAAGGCACACCGUUUUGUUGGGAGCGGCGCGUACGAGGAUGAUGGCUAAAGGAUAAUGUACAAGGAAUCGCCUUCCCUCAACCCAAAGUGACCCAAAUUUUCCCCCCCUCGUUAUUCUUCAUCAUCAUUUAAUGGAGCUGAUGUAUUCCGCAGUAAGAUUGUGUGAAUUUGAUCGCCCGCUUCUCCUCCGGGCACCCUCGUCAAAAGAAGACAGGGUUUAAUUUGGAAUGAUGUGACCAGACCUCAAUUCCUAUCCAACAAAGGAUCUGUAGGACUCUUUCUGCUGGCUCCAAUAACGUGUUUCCCUCACUUUUAUCCUUUUCCACAACCGACUCCCUUUUAGUGUUCUUGGGCCAUGGUUCGAAAGAAAGGUUCCCUUAUAUUAUGCGGUGCUUUUCUGUUUGUCGCGUGGAACGCUUUGCUUUUACUUUACCUUUGGGGACGCCCGCCGAUUGGCCGCCUCGGGGAGGGUGAUGGCGCCGAACCAGGAGGAAAUGAGGAGUGGGGUCUGAUCAGAGGCAAAGGAAGCCGGGUCAACCUGGCGGGGGAGGUGAUCCAGCUGGCAGAGGAAGUUGAAAUUCAGCUGGAGACCCAGAAAAAGCUCUUAAAGCAGAUCGAAAGUUACAGGGCAGCAUGGUCCAAGCGCAAAGAUGUUGGCAAAAGAGAAAUGGCCGUCAAAUCCGAAGCGGUUCACCCGCCCCGGAGGCCUCCCCUUCCUUUGAAAGACAACGUGGAUACCAAGGAUCAAACUCGAAAACACCCUCACAAGUCUUUUGUUUCGCUCGCCCCAGACGCUCAGCGUCAGUCCAACGUCAUCGAGACGGUCAGCGCUGACAAAUUGGCAACUUUUGUCGCGAGCCCAGAAGUCGUCAUUCCGAUCCUAGUUAUCGCCUGCGACCGAGUGACCGUCAAACGGAGUCUUGACAGACUGAUUCAGUACCGGCCUUCCCAAGAACUCUAUCCUAUCAUUGUCAGCCAGGACUGCGGCCACGCUGAAACAGCCAGUGUCAUUGGCUCAUACGGCAGUCAAGUGACACACAUUAGCCAGCCAGACCUCUCAGACAUCCGAGUACGGCCGGAGCACAGGAAGUUCCAGGGCUACUACAAAAUUGCCAGACAUUAUCGCUGGGCGCUCAACCAAGUGUUCAACACUUUCUCCCAGUCCACCGUGGUCAUAGUGGAGGACGACCUUGAGGUGGCCCCGGACUUCUUUGAGUAUUUCCGUGCCAUGUACCCAAUCCUGCGAUCCGACCCGACCUUGUGGUGUGUGUCCGCCUGGAACGAUAACGGCAGAGACGCCUUGAUCGAUCCAUCCAAAGCUGCUCUUCUUCACCGGACAGACUUCUUCCCCGGUCUGGGCUGGAUGCUGCUUAAGGAAUUGUGGGACGAGCUGGAACCCAAAUGGCCUUCUGCAUUCUGGGACGAUUGGAUGCGUCUCCCAGAGCAGCGCAAGGACCGCUCAUGCAUUCGCCCGGAAAUCUCCCGGACGAUCACCUUUGGCCGAAAAGGUGUCAGUUUAGGUCAAUUCUUUGACCAGUAUCUCCGCUAUAUUCGACUUAACACGGAAUUUGUGCCUUUUACCAAACAAGACUUCUCUCAUUUGCUAAAAGACAAGUAUGAUGAGAAGUUUAUCAAAGAAGUUUACAACGCCCCACUGGUGAAGAUUGAGGAGCUGCAACAAGGGGGAAGUUUAAGAGGACCUGGUCCUUACAGAGUCAAAUACUCUAGCAGGGAUAGUUUUAAAGUCCUUGCCCGGAAUCUGGGGGUGAUGGAUGACUUGAAAUCCGGAGUCCCGCGGACAGGCUACAGGGGUGUCGUCAGUUUCCUGCACCGCGGUCGAAGAGUGUUUUUGGCUCCGCCGGAAGGUUGGACGCAAUAUGAUGUCAGCUGGAGCUGAGACAGAUCCAAAAAAAAAAAAAACUAAAGUGUCGACAAGACGAGUCAUGCUCGGAGGUGCGCCUCUUGGGACCCAAGAAGGAAUUCCAACAGCAGACCGGCGGGACUAUGAGCUUGCCUGUUUGCCAGGAAGCUUCCUAAAUGAGGCGCUCGCUCAGGAUCAGCUUGCAUCGAGGCCACCGAGACAAGAAUCCACCGAGUUAAAUCUCACGAAAGGAAAAAUUCCACUCUUGAACACAGCGAAAAUGGCUUUUGGCAAAGUGCCUUUCUUUUUUUUUCGGACCCAUUACGUUGGGUGUAUUCUAAUUAUUAUUAUUAUGAUUAUAUUUCACCCGAACUUGAUUAGAAAUAACAAAUCCACGUGUUCACAGCCGCUGUAAAUAAUCGUCGGCAAGAGAGGACGUUGUGGAUUUGAGUCAGCCGGGGAAGGUUCAUGUUCCGAUGUCAGCGGAAAAGAAAGCGGAAGCCAAAUAUCAGAAAAGACUCGGGAACUCUCGUCAAUGUGCACAUACGAAACUGAGCGACAAGGUGAAUUCAUGCAACGAUGAUGGGUUUCAUUCAUUAAAUCUGUGAAAUAAUCAGACAGA